CCAAAGUCCCCAGAAAGAGUGACAAGAGCUCGGUUAAAGAGAAAAAAGUGGUUCUUGGAAUCGUCAGUGAAUAUAAACUUGUAAUGCUCCCUGAUGAUCUGCAGUCCUUCUGCUUUUCGUUAUCCUCUUUUGUUUUUAUGAAUUCCUGAGGACUGAUUCACGAUGAGAACUUGGUUUGGUCGUGGUAAGAAACUGCAGCGUGCGGUAACAUCAUGCUGUCUCUGCGCUUUUGUUCUUUAUGGCUAUGAUCAAGGUGUCUUUGGAGGUAUUCUCGAGAACGAGGAUUGGCUGCGGCAGUUCAAUGAUCCUGGCGAUACUUUGACUGGCUUCAUUACUUCAAGCUACAAUCUUGGUUGUUUGCUCGGCUGUUUCAAGAAUUUCUUCGUUGGUGAAAAGCUGGGUCGAAGAUGGACUAUUUGGGUUGCAAUGGGCUGGAUCCUUGUUGGAGCUGCGCUGCAAGCAACUGCGUUUACACGAGGACAUCUCAUUGUUGGGCGAAUCGUCACCGGUGUCGGAACUGGUCUCAAAACGUCUACAGUUCCAAUGUACCAAUCCGAACUUUGUGAAGGCACAAAGCGAGGCCGUCUCGUCUCUGCAGAAGUCAUGUUCGUCGGAAUCGGCAUCGCGUUCGCAUACUGGUGGGACUUUGCUUUCAGCUUCGUCGGAGGGCCAUUCGCUUGGCGCUGGCCCCUCGCUUUUCAAGCCGUUUUCGCAUUUUGGGUCAUCUUUGUCGUAUUCGGUGUACCCGAGUCGCCGCGUUGGCUACUCAAUCAUGGAAAGAGACAAGAGGCCAUCGAAGUCCUGUCAGCCGUUUAUGAUAAACCUGUUGAUCAUCCUGAUAUCCUGCGUGAAGUCGAAUCAAUCGAGGCAGCUCUGUCGAUGGAAGCUGAAGCGGAGGGAAGUACUUCUUGGGCUUCGACUUUCAGAAAAGAUAAGGUCAGCACGAGGUACCGCGUUUUCCUUGCUUGGUUCGUGCAGUUUAUGAACCAAGCUGGUGGAAUUAACCUGGUUGUUUACUAUAUCUUGACUGUUCUGACCGCCAACGUUGGACUCGAGCACAGACUAGCCCAGAUUAUCGCUGGGUGCAUUCAGCUAAUGUUUCCGAUUGGAUCACUACUCCCAACACUGGCUUUGGACAAGAUGGGUCGUCGGUCUACCAUGAUGUGGGGAUCUGCUGGACUGUCGUUCUCAAUGAUGAUGGUAGCUGCACUUUUAUCUCAGGCUGAUGAUACAUCGCGAGGUCGAGCAUUUGCUGCUGGAUCAGUAGCAUUCUUCUUCACCUACAUGCUCGUCUUCGGUGCGAGUAUGAACUGCGUUCCGUGGGUCUACGUCCCCGAGAUUCUCCCCCUUCAUGCUCGAACCAAGGGAACUGCUAUUGGCGUCAGUUCAAACUGGCUCUGGAAUUUCACAGUGGUCAUGAUCACUCCUAUUCUCAUCAACCGUCUCCAAUGGAGGGCAUAUCUCAUCUUUAUGACCACCAACCUCAUUUUUGUUCCGAUUAUCUUCUUCCUGUACCCCGAGACAUCUAAUUUGGCUCUUGAAGAAGUUGACUACAUAUUUGCUCGUGGUGAGAAUACUGUUCAAGUGGCCCAGGAAAUGCAGAAGGAACUUGCCCUUCACGGACGUUUGGCGGAUGAUAGAUACCCUGAGAAAGCGACAAAGAUGGAACGCAAGUCUCAUGAGAAGGGUGACGAGUUCGUCGAACACGCACAUGCUUGAAUUCUAGGUCUGAAAUAAGAGCCCUGGGCUAUUCGUUUCAUAAAUGACGGGACGGGCAUAUAGUGGCCCGAGAAGUCAGAAUCGUUGGG